CGGCCCUGGCCCCGCCCCCGUCCCGGCGGGCCGCGCGGCGCGAAGAUGGCGGCCGCCAUGGCGGCGGGCCUGGGCCGCCUGGGCCUGCGGGCUUGCGGGCGGGUGGGCGCGGAACGGGGCGCCCUCGGGAGGGGCCUGGGCUGCAGGAAUGUGGAAUCCUUACUCCGUCCUGCCAGAGCGGCGCCGACCUGUCUUGUUGUCCCUGUGCGAACAAAGCGGAGGUUCUCUGUCCCCAACUGGAGCAGAGACCAGUCCCUUGAAGAGAAGGAGAAGAAACUCAGAGCUUCAAGGAUUGUAGCUCCUGAGGAGCAUGUGGAACGGACCUUCUAUUUGGCCUGCACAGCUGAUAUUAUUGACCCGUACGUCCCUCCUGAAGGUGAUGCCCGCUUGACCCCUCUGUCUAAAGAGGGGCUGAAGCAAAAGGUGGAGAAGUUCAAGCAGAGUGCCGUUUCCCAGUUAGCUCUGCGGAAGUUAAAAGAUCACGAUCCAAUUUUCAGCACUAAAACCUUCCCAGAGAAAGCACAAGAGAUAUUCACUGAAGCUCACAAUUGCCUGGCAAAUUUUAACAAGCAGAAACUUCACUGCUUGGUGACAGAGCGCUGCUACUCGGAAAUGGUCCGUGGGAACAGGUAUAAGACCAUCCGGUGGAGCUUCGUAGAGUCGCUGGAACCUCCAAGAGUGGUUCAUGUUCGGUGUGACAGCAUGGUGAAUCGAGGCAACCUGUAUGGGCAGGUGACGGUGCGGAUGCACACUCGACAGACUUUGGCGAUCUAUGACCGGUUUGGGCGGUUGAUGUAUGGUGGCGAGCAGGUGCCCAAGGACGUUUUGGAGUACGUCGUAUUUGAGAGGCACUUGGUCAACCCAUAUGGCGCGUGGAGGAUGCACGGCAAGAUCGUUCCACAGUGGGCUCCGCCAAAGGACUCCAUUGUCAAGACGGUGAUGAUUCCUGGUCCAACUUUGAAUCCCUCACAAGAGUUUGAAGAAAUCAAAUAGGAAGUUGCAGAGCCUAGGCAGACACAAUGGUGCAAACAACCCUGGAGGGAAGAAGUGGAGUACUUUUGUGGGGGUAGCGUAUUGGACAUAGCUGGGCUUUUCCAGUGGGCAAAUCAAGCAAAGCAUCUUCGGGAAUGGACCCAGCCACUGAGAAGUUGCCUUCACAGCAGAGAGAGGGGCUUGGGAGGGGCAUUCAAAUGAGCUCUGAGAAGAGCUUUACUCUGUUCAAGUAGACUCAGCAUGCUGCAUCUUAAACCCCUUUGUAUUUCUGUGAAGACCAGAAAUCUCUUCUCUUCAGGACUGCUCUCUAGGCAAACCUCUGUGCUGAAUUUGCCUCAUGAGAGCCAUUGGCGGCAGAAGGGGCCUAAACAAGGGAUAUUUGGCACUUUCAGGGGAAGUGCUCUAGACCUGAUGGGGUUUCAUUAAAACUUGCAGAAGUGGG